CCUCUUUACGCCGAUACGUUCAGUGCACGAAGAACAAAAAAAACACCUGAUAACAACUACCACUGACGGGAUUCAAGAGCCCCACAGCCUAACUAGCCCCAUAAAACACCCAAGAAGAAGAAGAGGUGUACAGAAAUUCGUGUUUAAAUGAGCACAGUGCAGUAACUAAGUGUGCGUAGUGAAGUACAGAAGUGUAGAGAAGUACCAAGGAGGACCUAAGAAGCGGGAGAGGUCAAAAGAAGAAGAGGACACGAGGACUACUGGUGAGAGAUGCUGAUGGGGUGCGCCACGUUUCCUACACGCCACAGCUCCUACAACUUUAGCCGUUUCUAGAGUAGUGACAUGUUGCUGGCCCAGGCUAUGGCUGCCCCAUGCUAUGCCUCAACAGAGUGGGUGGGGCUGGGACAAGCAAAUCUGCGUUUUCGCCCUAAGAGGAAAACCACACAGCCGGUGGACCCAGUCCAGAUUGACUGCUAUUUGUCAGCUGUUUACAUAAGAGAGUAUGGGGAGAAGAAGAAGCAGAAAGUCAAUGAAGAGAAGACCAAGGAGCCUCAGAGUGACUUAAAACCUCCUGGCAUUGCACCCGAGGUAUGGACUGCAUGGGAGGAAUACUGGGGGGCCUGGAAGGAGGUCUUGAUACCCUUAUCGUGGGUCCACAAAUACAGGGAGCAUUCCACUCCUGAUCACAUCAAAUGGCAUGAUUCUUACCUGGAGGAUUACCCUGAUGUGUUACCUUUGAUUACUGAUGAGCUGGGGAGGAGUGAGUUAAGUUCACACACCACUACCUGCCAGUCUGAGAGUACUACUGAUGUUGUUGAUUAUGACUAUAUAUAUGGUGAAGAGAAGGAGCAGGAUGAUGAGAGUAGUCGUGAGUUACAAGAGGCUGUGGGUGGUGAGGCAGGAACAGCUGCUGAGAAUGAAUGUGAACCAGACAAGCCAGGAAGGAAGGAAAGCAACAAAGGUACCACUGAGCAGUCCACAGACAGCGAGAAUUCCCAGUCUGUUGAUGAACUUGACUUGACGGAAUUUUAUGAUUAUAUUUAUCCAGAUGAGACUCCAGAAAAUAGUCAGAAGCAUCAUACAGGAGAGACGGACAAGAAUGGCAUGGUGGGAGCAAACUUACGACAAGAACAUGCCUCAGAGGGGACUGCUGACAUGAACACUGCAGCUGACACUACCGAAGAGGAAAGUAAAGAGAAAAGGAAAAAGGUGCUGGAUGAACUCUAUGAAAGACACACAAAAUCAAGGUACUGGGUUCAUCUCCGUCAUUUCCUUCACCUCUCUGGCAUUGAGUGUCACCCAGAGAUUGAAUUAUUUUAUGAGCAGAAAGCAGGAAUCAAGUUUAUUCAGCCUAGUGCUAAAUCAUGCAGUGGUGUGACAAGGGACACAGAGGAGUUGAGUUCUGUGGUAGACAGCAAGUCGUAUUCAGUUGAGGGAGAGUAUCAGCCUGAAGACAAACACUCUGAAAGGAGACAAAAACGGAAGAGAAAGGCUAAACGAAAACCAGAAGAGAACUAUGCAGAAGCUCCCACCAGCGAAGAGAGACUCCAAAGCAUCUCAUGUGUUCCCCAAGAAGCUGAUGGUAGCAACAGCGGAGAGGAAAAUUUGAAAGAUGACUCGAGUGAAGAAAUUAAGACCACUGAAUCAGAGACGAUGGAUGUAGAAGGAGGCAGCAGCAGUGGUGAUGGAGGGAGUGUGCAGGCAGCAAACUCUGUCACCAUGAACAGUGCAAGUGCCUCAUCAAGCAAUAAACAGAAAAAGGCAAAGAAGAGGAAGAAAGAUACUGCCAGGCCACAGGGGCUCAGCUGGGCCCUCAAGCAUGUCAAAGAAUCAAAGCAGGCAGAGACAACCUCCAAGGCCCUUGAACCCCUGGAGGUAGCCCCUGAAACCCCUGAGGCAGCCCCUGGGACCCAUGAGGCAACUUCUGAGUCAGUCUCCAGUUCCCUUGAGGCAGCAUCUGGGCCCUCAACGUCAGAUUCCAAGUUAUGUAUGAGCACAGAUGAAGAGGAAUAUUGCAUUGCAUAUUUUUUGGAUGAAAUGGACGAAGCGGAAAGAAAAGGUCAGAAGAAGCAUGCGAAAAGGAUACAAGAAGAGGCUGUACAUGAAUUCUUACAGGAAAAGUCCACAGGCCUUAUGAAUGUCUGCCAAGUCACUGUAAACAAGGCUGCUGCAGCCCUCCACGAGCUGCUGCUGCCCCUCACUGCUGUCCACCUUCUCAACGUGUCCUUCCCUGGGGCUGCAGUAAUGGAGUACGAAAGCUCAGUGACGGAGGAGGUGCCAGGGGAGAGGGAGAAGCUCAAGCAACGCUUCGACAGCUUUGUGUUCAACGAGAAGGAACGACUAAAGCGUUGCCUAGCCAAGCUGGGGAAGUUCUGCCUCACCACAUGGACAGAUGCAGUGGUGCCUGUUAGUUUAAGUCACCUCACCAACUUUUUCUUUAAAAAUGCCUCAGAAAUUGAGCACCAGUUUCCUCCCGAUGUUUUUGGCGUGCGGUGGCUGCCUAAACCCGAGUCAAGCUUUCAAGUUGACGGGAAGAAUGUCAAAAGGAGUCAGAGGCGCUUUUACAACUGGCUGGAGGUUCAGGACCCAAACCUCUCCCCCUCAGCCACUGUGGAGCUGAGGGGAAUGAUCAUGAAUAGGAUGAGUCAUUCCAACCAAGAUCCUCGUAAGCCCCAGUGGCUGUACCAGCAAGUUGUGAGGGAGGAGAAGGAAGACGCAACAGAGGGUGGCGGCCCCUGCCUCACCCUUCACACUCUACAUUUACUCCAGGAAAGCAACAAGACUGGCAUGUGUGGAGGCGAUGAGGGGAACUGGUCCAGUGUGCAGGUCACCUUUGAUCAGGAUGGAUACUCUGGUAUUAGUAACACUGACCAAACCUCACAGAGCACAGAGGAUGCAAAGGCCAAUGCUGAAGAAGAGAUGUGGCAAAGGAUCAUUUCAGGCUGCCGUCGCCUUGCAUUCUUUGACACUGACAAUAGCAUGCCCUCACACCUGCCUCAUGAAAUCCAGAAGUACUGGGCCCAGCGCUACAGACUCUUCCUCAAGUAUGAUGAGGGCAUUAAACUUGACACAGAGUCAUGGUACUCAGUGACUCCCGAGUUGUUGGCAGCCCACCAGGCACGGCGGUGCAGGUGCAAGGUGGUGGUGGAUGCCCUGUGUGGUGCUGGUGGCAACGCUAUCCAGCUGGCCAAAACUUGCAGUCAUGUGAUAGCUAUUGAUAAGGACCCCAAGAAGAUAGAGCUUGCCCGGCACAACGCUGAGGUGUACGGCGUGGCCCAUCACAUCGACUUCAGGGUCGGGGACUUCUUCAAGCUGGCGCCCUACCUCAAGGCUGAUGUAGUAUACCUGAGUCCACCAUGGGGGGGCAUGGAGUAUCAGGAGGAGUUGGUGUACAAUGUGUACCGUCUUGGCGGCAGCAUGAACUGUGCCCGCCUGCUGAGAGCUGCACGGGCCAUCACGCCGAACGUGGCGCUCUACCUGCCCCGCAACAGCAACCUAUGCCAGGUGAUUGCACUAGCAGGGGCAGGUGGUGUUGUAGACAUUGAGGCCAACUACAUGGGCCCCAAGAAGAAGGCCAUCACAGCAUACUUUGGUGACUUGGCCACAAAAACAUGGUGCUAGUGCUGGAAUCACAGACAUUAUGUAAUUUCCAUUGGCUUGAGUGAACUCUUACUGUGAGCCACAAAGUGUGAUGACUCUGCCAAAGAAAAUGCUUAUUUUUCCAUUUCGAGCCUCAAAAACAAUGGAAAAAGAAUUCAGAAACAGAAAUGGUCUUGCUUUUAUCUUUGUGAUUUUCAAUAAAGUUGCAAAGAUAUAUUUUUAUGGUAUAACAGAUUUCAUCUUUGUACACUUUAUAAGAUCAAAGUUCCUACCCAAUUAUAUUCAUCAUAGUUGUCAUCAUCCCUGUCAUAUCAUAUCAUCACCAUUAGCAUCAGGUAAUUUUAGUUGGUCAACAUGCUGUAAGAAUUUUUUUUUUAUCUGGACAAAAUUAAUUGUUAAAAUCUGUAUAUGGAAAAUAUCAGGUUAAGGAAAUUUUAUCUUAACUAUAUUGUUAAAAUCUGAAUAUUGAAAUUGUCAGCUUAACCCUUUCCAUCCGUAACGCAGCGUCGGCGUCACAGUAUGGAAAGGGUCGAGAUGAAAUGGAAGAGGAUUAAUCCUCUUCUAAACCUCUCAAUCCUCCUCUAAAUUCCUCUUACUCCUCUUCCAUUUCCUCUUAAGAGGUUUAGAAAAGGAUUAAGAGGAAAUGGAAGAGGAUGAAGAGGACUAACCCUUUCCAUACGGUGACGCUGUCGGACGCCAACGUAGUGAAGGGGUUAAGGAAAAUGGAAGUCUAGAAAUAGUAAGGCUUUUCCAAAGAUUGAGAACAUAAUUAUCAUGCUUCUUUAUAUAUUUAAUUCUUAAUCAUUUAAUCAGAUAUUUCUUAAAUAAUAAUUACUUUUAAAUAAAAUUAACUGCAUUCUUAAUUUUGCAAAUUUACUAACCAUAUGAAAUUUUUGUGUAGUUAUGACUUUACAUGCACUUAACCCUCUAUUUCCUGGAAUCAGGAAUCGCUACAGUCUAGGGGCCAUGGCCCAUUCCUGGGCCCGGAUUCAUCAAUCUUACCAACCAUGCCUCUGGUAUCUCUCACAUUUACCGGAGCGCUACCAGAGCUGCGGCAUCUUUCAAACACGGCAUUCAUCAACGGUAUGGUAACGCUCCGGUAACUCGCACCCUAGCAACGAUUGGUUGGGCUGGAUAGCCAAUCACAUGCGACCUUUGAUGCUGUAUUUCAGCUUUCACGUGUCGUUUGAUGUUAUUCCACGAGUGUGACUGAGACUGCACUGAGGUGUGUGACCAUUGGGGUGAAAACAAGGGGGUAUAAGAAAUAGUAUUAUCCUGCACCAGAGACUUGGACACAGCACAGCAAUCAAAAAUACACAGACUUCAAAAUCAAGACAUGUGUAUCGUACAGGCGUAAAUACUGCCUUAAAACAAAUAAUUAGCGUGGUGAUCCCUCAAUUAGAUGCGUUUUUUACGAAUGAAUGCACAUUACUUGUAUAUUUAUUCUUGAAAUAAAAAUAUACUCGCUUAUGUAGCCUAGCAAUA